AUGACUGUGAAUAGCAACGGCGCCAGCAGCAGCACCGCGACAGAUGCUGAGAUGACUCGUGCUUUCUGCUCGGACUCCCAGAGCCAGGAGAGGUCAUCGGAGAACACGAUCGGAGACGCAGAAAAAGAAGAAGAAGAGGAACAGGAGCAGACGCUACCUGGAUCCUCGGACGGGGAUGGCUCUCAGGAGCAAAAGGCCGGGGAAGGAGGAGGUCGGUUGGAUCGUAUGCCCUCGCAGGGUGAGAAGCUGGGCAAGAAGAAGAUCGCUAUUAUCAUGGCGGCACUCUGUUUGGCCGUGUUCCUAGCUGCUUUGGACCAGACUAUUGUUUCGACCGCCCUGCCUACAAUGGCUGCUCAUUUCCACGCCUCUCAGAGUGGUUACUCCUGGAUGGCCUCCUCGUACUUGCUAGCUAAUGCGGCUUGUGCCACGUUUUGGGGCAAGGUUAGUGAUAUCUGGGGAAGAAGGCCGAUUCUACUUUUCGUCAAUUUCAUCUUCCUGGUAGGGAGCUUGAUCUGUGCUCUGGCUGUCGACCUGGCCAUGAUUCUGGUGGGAAGAGCUAUCCAAGGUGUUGGAGGCGGUGGGAUCAUUGUGCUGGCUAAUAUCUCGGUUUCUGAUCUGUUCAGUAUGAGGGAACGGCCAAUAUACUAUGGGCUCUUUGCUGGGGUGUGGGCUGUAGCAGGCUCUCUGGGUCCCAUUAUUGGAGGUGCUUUCACCACCAGCGUGACAUGGAGGUGGUGUUUCUACCUCAAUCUACCCAUUGGCGGUUUUUCUUUUCUCAUUCUUCUACUGUUCUUCAAGGUCGAGACUCCCAAGACCCCCUUCCUGGCAGGACUGCGCAGUGUCGACUGGAGCGGAACGCUAUUCAUCGUUGGUGGAACGCUUAUGUUUCUCUUUGGACUCGAGUUCGGCGGCGUCUCCUACCCGUGGAAUUCGGCAACCGUUAUCUGCCUCAUUGUCUUCGGCGUCGUUGUUUGGGUCCUGGCCAUGCUGAAUGAAUGGAAAGUAGCCAAGUACCCGAUCAUCCCGGUACGGCUUUUCAGGAACAAACACAACAUUACCAUGCUCUUGAUCUGCUUCUGCCACGGGUUUGUCUUCAUUGCGACUUCGUACUAUCUCCCCCUUUACUUCCAGUCUGUCCUUCUAGCCAGCCCGAUCAUGAGCGGUGUUUACGUUCUCCCCAUUGUCGUCUCCCUGUCCAUCGUCUCCCUGUUCGUGGGCAUCAUCAUCAAGGGAACUGGUCGUUACCGUGAAAUCAUCAUCUUCGGCAUGUGCUUCAUGCUCCUCGGCACCGGUCUCUUCAUUGACCUGAAAUACUACGCAUCUUGGCCCCGGAUCAUCAUCUACCAGAUCAUUACCGGUAUUGGAGUUGGCCCCAAUUUCCAAUCUCCCUUGGUCGCAUUUCAGGCCAACAUCCACCCCUCCGAUAUGGCGACGGCUACAGCUACCUUCGGGUUCGUCCGCCAGCUGUCUACGUCCAUGUCUGUCGUCUUGGGCAGCGUCAUCUACCAGAACGUGCUGGGACAGCAGAUGCCGCAGAUUACGAAAGCAAUCGGCUCAGAAAAUGCAAGUAAACUCGCGCAUUCUUUUUCGGGGGCCGAUAAAGCCCUCGUCAAGUCACUUUCUGAAUCACAGAAGAAAGUCGUCCUGCAAGCGUAUACACUAGCACUCAGUCGGAUGUGGAUUUUUUACACAGCCAUGGCUGGUCUGGGUUUACUUCUUAGCCUUCUUGUCCGACCGAUUGAGCUGAGUAGAACGAAUCACAGGGGAAGGAUUGGAUUGGAGGAACAGGAACGGGCGAGGCAGGAGAGGCUUGCUUCAGAGAAGAAACAGGCGAAUCCUGGUCCUGAGGUUGACGUCUAG